AUGCCUUUUAAAGAUAUAUUAGAAUAUAUCAGAUCAGAUCUGUUGAAAAAAUGUCUAAAGGACAUUUUUCCAUAUUCAUCAAAUAAAAGACUAUUAUCACCAUUAAUUCAUCUAUAUUAUACUCGUCAACAAUUCCUUAUUAAUCCAAAUUAUGACCUUUAUUUUAUUGCCGAUUUUGUUAUACCAACGGCCAGAUUACCAGGCCUAUUUUGCUUAGCGGGUGCAUUUAAAUGUUACGGUCAAACACAAGUAACAUAUUAUGAAGAUGAACCUAAAAAUCGGACAUGUUUUCAGUAUUCCGAUAUAUACAGUCAACGAUUGAAUUAUUCUUUUCCACCGUUUGAAUAUUUAUUUUGUCGACAUGUUAAACCAGGAAACGACUAUUGUAAUGAUAUACAAAACUACUAUCAUUGUCCAUUAUCGAAUGAAUGUAUUUCAAAUUACCGUUUGAAUGACGGUGACGGUAUCCAUCAAUGCCUCGAUGGGACAGAUGAGUAUGGUUUGAGUUUGAACCGAGCAUUAUUUCGAUGCCAAAAAUCGACUGAUCUAACCUGUGAUACUAUUAAACAAUAUUACAGUAACUCAGCUUCACAGUCAUAUGUAAUACCAUUUUCCUCAAUCUGUAAUUCGAUCUGGGACCUGAAAGAUGGAAUUGACGAAAUGUAUUGCCAUGAUUGGUUAUGUCCACAUGGAUUGAUUCAGUUCAAUCAGAUAGAUAGUAAAUGGAACGGCCAGUGUAUAAAUCAAAACUGGUCAUGCGACUACCAAUGGGACUUUGUUGAUGGUAGCGAUGAACUGAAUUUCAAUUGUCUGCGAGGAAACAGAAUUGCUACAUUCGAUGGUGAAUGUCCAGUACCUCUAAACAAUGGAGAUCCUUUAACUAGGCUGAUCGGCGACGGAGUACCACAGUGUCCUGAUGGUAAAGAUGAACGAAACACUCUUGCAUGUCAAGAUGGUUUUCCUGUCGAUGAUCGUUUCCUAUGCACAUUAUCUUCACCUUACGCAUGUAUUGCUCAAAUGUAUGUUUGUGAUGGUAAGAGUGAUUGUCCAAAUUCAGAAGAUGAAUUAGUGUGGUAUUGUCAGUCACGCUUAAACGUAUCCAAACCAACUGCUAGCCUUCCUAAAGAAGAAACGCAGAAAUUUGCUUAUAAUUGUAAUCGUGGUCUUCCAGUGAUGCGUGAUGAAAAAGAACGAUGCCUUUGUCCACCGGACUCGUAUGGAACAUAUUGCGAAAAAACAAAUUAUUGGUUAACAAGUUUAAUUACAGUCGAACGUCUUCGUAUUGUGUUAAGUCCGACUACUGGUGUUGUAACGAGAGAACAAGCGGUUCAUUUACCGAUAGUAUUAGGUAUAGUAACAUUGAUGGUUACAUUUAGUAUGCAUGUUCAUGAAUUAUUUUAUUAUACUAUAAUCAAUGAUCCAAAUUCAUCAUCAACACUGUUACGUAUCACCAAUUAUGAUAAUCGAAUAUGGUCAGUUUAUAAUCGUAUUAAUGUUGUAUCGCAUUAUCUUAUACCUUUUGGUGUACAGUUUACUUCAAUUACAGUCUUGAUCGCUAUGACAACACGUCGUCGUGCACGUACAUCGACAUCAUCAAACUUCAUACAAGUACUUAAAAAACAAUUUCAGCUGAAUAAAGAAUUAUAUGUUACACCAUUUACUAUUAUUCUAAGUUUAACACCACAAGCAGUACUUUCAUUUACUUACGCUUGCACAGAAUUAACUCAAUCAACGUGGCAACGUUAUUCAUUGUUAACAGCGUAUUUCUUGUCAUACGUCCCACAAAUACUCGGUUUUAUUCUUUAUGUUCUACCAUCCAGUGCAUAUAAAGAAGAAUUGUACAAAACAAAGUUUGCAAGAAUUUUACUCAGGUGCCGGAUUAAACAAUGA